UCGGAGAGGACAGAGAAGUCGCUGCGGUAGGGAAGGAAGAAAAGGUGGAGGAGGUAACGGUAGAACAGAAGUGAACAAUCCACUCCAGCUUAAAAUGAAAUGGGAACAUGAAGUUUGAAAAAUAACGCCACAAGAUGGCAUAUGUGGAAAACGCUUGACCCUUGUUAAAAUCAUACACAAGAACAUCUGAAAGAAGUCAUGGGGAAUAUAUUUGGAAACCUGUUGAAGAGCCUCAUUGGGAAGAAGGAAAUGCGAAUACUUAUGGUGGGACUUGAUGCAGCUGGAAAGACCACCAUCCUGUACAAACUGAAGCUGGGAGAAAUUGUGACCACUAUCCCUACAAUAGGUUUCAAUGUGGAGACGGUGGAAUACAAGAAUAUCAGCUUUACAGUGUGGGAUGUAGGCGGCCAAGAUAAGAUCAGGCCACUCUGGAGACACUAUUUCCAGAACACUCAGGGUUUAAUAUUCGUGGUAGACAGCAAUGACCGAGAGCGAGUAAACGAGGCACGAGAGGAGUUGAUGAGGAUGCUGGCAGAAGAUGAGCUGAGGGACGCAGUGUUGCUUGUUUUUGCAAACAAACAGGACCUGCCGAAUGCUAUGAACGCCGCUGAGAUAACAGACAAGCUGGGGCUGCAUUCACUACGCCACCGCAAUUGGUAUAUCCAGGCCACCUGCGCCACCAGUGGAGAUGGUCUUUACGAGGGGCUGGACUGGCUAGCCAACCAACUGAAGAAUAAAAAGUGAAGGUGACAUCACAACCUACCUCCGCCUCCCCAGCGUGCACCUGCCUCUUCCUCCCCCAUCCUUUUCGUCCCACAAUCUCUCCCCAGGCAUACCAGGUUGGUGUUGGUUUCUGGCACAGACCACACCAUCCUACCUGCUUCUCUGGGUUCCACACUAUCUCUUUAUUUGCCGUUUUGGUUUGGGGUGUUUUUAUCGGGUGCCGUGAUUCCUGACUCAUCCAGCUGCUGUUUCUUGCUCUUCUUUUUGUCCUUUGAAGAUUUUGGUGGGGAAGGACUAGGGAGAAUUGGCUGUAUGAGCCAUAAUAUCCUCCCCCUGGUAAACAGGGUUAGUACCUAAAAGGAUAUGGGAGCAGUGCUGUUUUGUGUCUGUAUGUACUGUGGAAGCUCCCUAUACAGACGACUUGAGGGAUAUAUUUGUCUUUUUGUGUUUGCAAAGCAGGUUUUUUCCCAUGUAAGAUGGUUUUAUUAGUGAAACAAUAAACAGAAUAGUUUCUUUUUAACAAGUAGUAAUCCAAGAUCUAGCCCUGAGAUUAAACCCCAAAUGCUUUGUACAAUUACAAAGCUUCAGCUUAGUAUUUUCCGUGAUCUGUUUCCUUCCUGGCCCCUCUCACAUUUGCAGCAAGACAACAUAAUAAAAUUAACUAGUGUGCUUAUGGAUCAGUGUGAUGAUUACAAAACUAAACCUGUUGUAUAAAUCGGCACCAGAGUUGUAAAAUAGCAGUUGCAUUUAUAUUUAUUUAUUUUGAUUAAGUCCUGUGCACCAGUUUUGUAAUCAUAGCACUUGAUUGUUAUGGCAUAGUGUUUGAAUUGAGGUGUUGAAAUGUACCAUAUAUAACAAUAAAACAAAUCCUAAGGGUCUGGCAUCAGAAAAAAGUAAUACACCUUGUAUAGAUGUUAAACUUCAGUGCUACUACAACUAUUCCAGGGUGGCAGCUAGCUCAUGAACUUCAAUAUAUCACUCAUGACAAGGACCUAAUGGUAAAAAAACAACAAAAAUGUUUUGUUUCACUGAUCCAGUGAAUGGACCUUGUGCACAAUGGACCUUGUGCACAACUUGUCCCUAUGUGUUUAAUCUUUUUGCAGUGGCUAAACAUAUAGGGCACAUGAUUUGUAUUAGUUUGACUUCUAUGUACCAUUAAUAGUUAAAAUGUAGUUAAAUACCAGGACAUUUACUCUUUUUCUUAUGGGACUAUAGUGAUUUUAUAGAUAAGCUUAGGCCAGAGCUUAAGUGAUCCGGUAAAUGUGUGUCCAGAGUGCCUCAAAUUAAAAUUAUAAUUUUCACAAGUGUAAUCUACAUGACAAUAGUGGAAUAAAAAAGUAAUGAUAAAGUCUUCAUUUAUCACAAGAAUACUAGAGCAUUGUACAUGACUUGGACAAGAUCAGAUUUCCUUUAGUUUUGUAUAUAAGACCUUAUUAACAAACUUAUCAAAAGUAGAUUCCAUGUCACUACAGUAUAAUAUAGACCAAAUGUGCUCUAAUCCCACUGCAUUUUAUUGCAAUCUAUAAAGCAUUUUAAUAAUUUGUGAAUACAUUAUUGGUUCCAGUUAGUCUUUUACAUAUUAAAACAAUGGCAAUGGCCAUUUCAUAUUUACAGUCAUUUGGACCCUGUCUGAGAGUUAAAUGUGUAUGGUCUAAGUUUGCUGAUUUUACUUAAUUUUUGAGCACCUGCCGUAAUGAAAUAAGAGGUUAUUCAAGCACAGUAUGCUCCAGUAGUUAAAAUGUCACCACCCUUAUUUAUAAUAACUGGAAGUACUCCCAAUGAUGUCACUGUGGCAGUCAGCACUCAUUCUGUCAAUUACAUCACUGGGAGUAGAUCCAACUAUUAGGUCGCUGUGGUUCCAAAUGUGUCUUCUUGCGUUAAACACGAGUGUAGAGUUAAAAUGUGCAACACCUCUGUUCAAACUCAAAGUUGCUUUUAUAUUCUCAUGAUUGUCCUGCAUUAAUAUGAAGGAAAACAAAAUAGAACGCAGUUAUAAAGAUAAUAUAUAUAUUAUAUAUGAAAUUUGGUACUGACUAUGAAGCAGAAGGUACAAAUAUAUUUUAGUUCUGAGGUGAGAUAUCCUUAUUUCAUAAUUAUGAAUUGAUUUUCCAAGUGACCUUUUCUUGCCUGAACCUAGAAUAGAUGGAAUAUUUAUUUGAGUUGUGGUAUGCAGAUGCUAGGAUCUUGAGUUGUGCAUGAUAUCUGAGUAAGUGAAAAGCAUAUCAUAAAUCUGGAUUGAGGUGCCAUUCAUUUUUGAUGUAACCUCUUAGAGAAGAAAUCCAUAUAAGAAAAACACAACUUGUAUUUAACAAGGUGUAAACAUUGUUAUGGCUUGGCAGAGAUUUCUACCUGCUUUUGAACUAAACUUCCAGUAAAUUACAUUCCAUUUCCACUCCUCACCAUCACUUUAUUUAUUUAUUUAUUUAUUUAUUUAUAAAAUAUUUUACCAGGAAGGAUACAUUGAGAUUUCUCUCGUUUUCAAGUAUGUCCUGGGUCCACAAGACAUUGUAUUGAUAACAUAGGGUACAAUAAAAUACAAAAAAUAAUAAUAAUACACAAUAUAUGCAAAAAUAUUUAACAUAGAACAGGUAUUUAAUCAACCAUGACAGGUGCAUUCUGUUUUGAGAUAUGUAGAGAGGGAUCUCUUAAAGGUUAUUAGGCUUGGGGAAGGUUUGAAAGUGUGCGGGAGGUUGUUCCAUAAUUGUGGUGCUCUGUAGGAAAAGGAGGAUCGAGCUGCUUUCUUGCCACCAGUUAAGCAGACAUUUGAGCAUAGGCAUCUUGCAUGAGCUUUAGCAUCUUUACAUGCCCUGUAAGUUGUGGGGACAUCUCAGACUCUCAUCACACACCUACAAUGGCUGGAGCUAAUGCAUUGGAAAUUUGCUUUAAAGGCAAGUGUUUUAUCCAAAGAAGAAGGGAUUUAGCUGACAACCGUUUUUAAAGUUAAUUUACAUUUAAGGCAAAAUUAUUCAUAUUGAUUGCAAAAUCAGGAAUUAAAAAACAAAACAAAAAAAACUACCUGAUGAAAGUAAAAGAUCCCAGGGAGGAGAGCGUUAGUUUGAAUACUUAAUGUUGGAGUUAACUUAAAAAAGCUUAUUUGCAGGAUUUAUGGGCAAAUGCUAGAUCAUUAAGCAACUUGUUUAUAUAUUGUAAUAUCUUACAUUUUAAACCUAAUUUAAAGUUGGGUAAAGUGCUACUUUGUGUUGGAUAAUUCUCCAAAUGUGUGCACUAAUGAAGUUCACUUAAAGUGAGCACUGAUGUUUGAAUUAAAUGAUCUUCUGGCAGCAAGAUGAUUAAAAUAAACACAAAAAGCCUAAAUACAAAUACAUUAUAAAAUAAACAUUAAAGUAUUAUUAAGUGGGAUUAUGUAAAGAACAAAUAUUGUUUCUUUAAACUUCAGGCAAAUAAGGGUUUUGUGUAAGUGGCAUGCCCAUUACCUUUGUGACAAAGCCCCAAGUCAUAAAACGUACCUAGAGUUGGCUACUGGUGGUCAAACUCUUAGUAUCUAUUCACGAUCUCCCAUUCAGUCCAGAGGUAAAGUAUCUGAAUAUGUGACAUUAUUAUGUUUAGAUGCUCUUAGCAUCUUACAAUCCAUGCAGUGCACUUUUUACAUAAGGGACCAUUUAGAUUCUCCAGCAAUGAUUGAUUUGAUAUUUCUCUAUAUACUUUGUAUUUUAUUUAUAUUUUCCUGCUUUUUCCUACUUCUGUGACUUCAUGCUUUUUGCCUUGGUAUCUCAUUCUUAACUGUAUUCUCUUCUUUCUCUUAAUCUUUUACUUCUGGUCUGUGUGUGGUGUAAAGUGGAACGUAUGGUUUUAUGCUGGGUAUUAUUUUUGUUUGUAUAUUUUGGAAUGUAAGCUGUAUGUAUUUAAAGAUAAUUAAACCACUGGAAACAAAA